GCGUGGGCCGCCCGUCAGAGAGCCCAGGUUUAGGGAUGUGCGUUCAGAGCAGAUUAUGAAGCAGACCUCAUCUCUGGCAGUCUCGUCAGAUUGUCUCAAUGGCUAAACACAAGCUUUUCCUGUUUUUUUCUCUGUUACUGUGUGUGUUUAUCUCUCUGUCUUUGCCCUUCGAUCAAGUGCCUGCGAUCCUGGACAGGAGCUCGGAGGUCCCACCCUAUCAAGCUGUGAGAAUUAGAACAGAUGGAGAACAUGUUGAGAGUCCAAGUGCCUCACACGAGGAGAGUUAUUCGCCUGCAGCUGAAAAUCCACUCAGAAGAAUACUGCAGCCUUUUGGAUGGCAUCUGCAUGCCCAGCCCAGAACCAAGCGGAAGUUACUACAGUCUACCAGCUCGGGACCCUACUCCCCACUGACUGUAGCGUACAACGGCAAGAUAUGCAUCCUUUUCAAAGCAAAAAGACUGGCUAUUCGAUACAGAAACAACACUUUCCUGGACCUCACAGAGAGGGUAUUUGGACCCAAUGCACAAGUAGACACCAAAGGCUCUGUUUGUACAAAGGAGAAGGCCACGCUAUCUUUGCGUUUGGGUGAUUUGGAAGACAUCAGGGGACUAGUCAUCAGGCUUCAGAUGUCCAACACAUAUUAUGAAUCAGUGGGCCAGAACUGGUUCACACUGGACAGCGUUCACAUCCACUACAACUGGACUCAUGAGGCCACGUUCAAUGCUACGGAGGUCUAUGCCCCUGCCACCUAUUCUUACCACUGCCAGCAUGUCAGCAGCUUACAGAAAUAUGACACCCUACUGGUGCCCAGCUCCCACACUGACAGCUCGGCAAACUGGCACAUCACUUUCACAGAUUUUCAGAUCCAGGCCUUUAAUGUCCAGUCCAACAAGUUUGCUUCAGCCAGCGACUGUGCAACCUUCUUCACUCCAGCCAUCCUGAUGGGCCUGAUCACCUCCCUGAUUCUGCUGCUGGUGUUGGCCUACGCCCUGCACAUGGUUGUCCACCUCAAGCACAUUGACCGUUACGAAGAGCACAAAACCACCGUCUACUUCCCCCGCACCCCCGAGGCCGAGCUCCCAGACAAGAACAGCGUGUGAGGAACGACGACAGUGCUGUAAAACCAGCAGCAGGCCAGCGUGGAAAGGAUUGCUAGUUCUGAUUCUGGAUGGCUGCGUUGUCCUCUUGGUCUUCCUCCUGCCUGGCACGAAACCCUCUCCUUAUCACUGUCUUAACCUAACUUCAGUCAGAGGAUGAGAUCACCUGAUCAAUCAGGUGUUAAAACCCAGGCUGGAGCCAAAACCUGGACAGAUCACGGCUUUCCAGGACCGGGACUGGGAAGCCUAUGAAAUGGGGACAAAUAAUGUGAAGAUUGCCUUUUAAUAGACCACCAUUCUGGCGGACUUUUCAAAGCACUUCUCUGACUGGAUACAAGAACUGUGGUUAGAAAUAUACAAAUUGACAAUGCGGCGGUGGCAGAAGAGAAAAGACUGUGAAACAGAAAUGACUGUGGUUUGAUAUGGAAGUCUUCUUGGGUUUUUUAUUUACAGUACUUAAUAAAUCACCAUCUCAUGCAUCAGAAAUGGAGUCCAUAGACUGAUCUGCCAAUUACAAGAACUGUUUUAUGACUGCCAAAGUGGUGCAAAACUGUUUGUCAGCCUCGAUGGGUAACUGACAGUAACAAUGUGAAUACGAAACAUACAAAACAAUCCAUAAAUGUACAAUGCUUAAUACUAUUUAUGUAUUCCAGGACUAUACAAUGUAGAUUCAGGAACUCCAUAAAUGUACUCAUUGGCUUGAAACGAUCAGCUAGACAUUCAUAUAGAUCUAGAUUCAACUGCUGUUUUAGUAAUUAACAAACUUCCAGUAUUAAGCACCUUCAAAUCUAUAAAUAUUAAGUGCGUAAAGCGUAUAGCAAGAAAAAAAGACUUUUUUUAAGCUUCGGAAACUGACAUAUUGCACAGAAUUUUUUUUAUAUGAUCUCAUAAUUGCUAGAUCUAUAUGCCGUCCCUUUUCAGGUGGAUUAUAUAGGACUAAUAGAUGACUUUAGCACCCCUUGAGAAUUUAUAGCACAGACAGUAUAACUAUAGUGAGGUAAUGCUGAAAGAAUGCUGUACAAUUAUUCAUGUAAGUGUUUAAUACCCUCAGUAUCAUAAUCAGUAUACCUCUAUAUCUACAAUUAUAACAUCAGUAACUCAUUAUCACAAUAACCUGCAGCAUGACAAUGACUAGAGAUAAACCUCUACCAUGGCACGUCUGAUACUGGAGGUAGUUAUGUGUAAUGUGUUCAUUUGAAUGACGGUCGUACACACUGAAGUGCACAAGAAGUUUCCUGAACAUCAGUCAAUUCAGUCUGAACAAUAAACAGUGAUCAGAUCAAAA